ACCAUGCCAUUUAUGUCCUCCUGGAAAAAGAGUUGUUCAGUACUGCAAUAAAAAUCAUCAAACAAAUUGUGGCGAUUGCCCUCCACGGACUUUUUCAAGUGCAUCAAACAAUGAUACAACCUGUAUCAGGGUCUGAUGUUUUUCAUCUCUCUGCUGAUAAAGCCCCUUAUGCGCAAUCUCCUGGAACCAGAUGCUCAGACUGUAAAAGAAAGGAGAUUCUUGUUUCAAAUUGCACAAGUUUUUCUGAUACAGUUUGUAGAUGUCCUGAGGGAUUUCGAUAUGACAAGCAAAAUCCUUGUAUAAAAUGUCUUGAGGGGGAAAUUCUUGUGCAAAACAUUUGCCAGAAGUUGCCAAAUACACCCAAUACUCCUACUAUUGCUAGUAACAAAAAUGAAAUUAUUAUUGGUAUUGUUGUAGCAGCUGUAUUGUUUUUCAUUGGUUUUAUGCUUUUAUGUUUUUAUUGGUUGACUAGGCGUCGUAAAAAAAAAGAAAAAAGUCUAUUGAAUAAUCAUGCUGGAAACAAUCCUGACUUGCUCGAACAAAGCAAACUGGUGGACAUUAAUCUUAGAAAUAACGAUUACCAUUCACAACCUUGUCCUCACAUUGUUUACUCUCCAAGUCAAGAUCAGCUUCUAAAUGAAAAAAUAUCCAGGAACAUUCCCUAUGAGUUUCUUUGUGAGCUAGAAAAGGAACUAGAAAUGCCUGAACAAUGGCAAAAAUUGGCAGCCAAACUUGAUUUUUCAUAUUCAUCAAUAUGUAACCUAAAGAAAGCAACUUGCCCUAUCAAUGCACUUUUUGAUAAUCUCGUCGCAGAGCAGAAAAAAACAUAUAAAGACCUUUGCAACGCUUUAGAACUUAUUAAUAAAAGAUGCAUGGCAUUAAAAGUUGUGACUUUUUUAAACUAGUUUUAAAAAAUUUUUAAUGAAUAAGUUCGACAAUUGUUUUUUAAAGUUAUAAAAUAUUGGUUGCAUCUUUUUUUAACCUGACAGUUUCUAAACAAAAUUUAUUCUUCAAAAAGUAUCAAGAAUAUUUUUAAAACCUGAUUCCGCCACACUCCUCCUUCCCCCUCCUGCUAUUUUUACUUUUAAAAGAGCAACCAAUAGAGUUUUAUAAACACAUACCAAAUAUCUUAUCAAAAAUGUAUUUUAUAAAUAAAAAAAUGCUUUUAAAAAUAUAUUCCAUGUAUAAUUAUAUAAAUUGUUUAUAUGGAUUAACUAAUAACUAAUAUAAUUGUGUACGUAAAAAAAUAAAAAACAUUUUUAUGGGCAUAACUUGCUUUAUGUUUAAUGUCUUGUUAUGUUAUUGUUUUAAAUGUGUAAAAUUCUAUUGUUGUGAAUGCUAUCGUAAUAAAUAUGAUGAAUGCUAUUGUAAUAAAUAUGUUGAAUGCUGCAGGAUUGUCCAUAAAUUACCCAACGCUAAAUUUAACUAAUAGACAAAACAAAAAAAGAACAAAAGUUUUGCAGAGUCUUCAAUUAAACUAAAAUAGCCCUAUAAAUCCAAUGAAAAUUGCCGCGCAAUUUUUUUUUUUUACUACUACUUUUACUACUACUUUUACUUAUUUUUUACUAAUUCUACUUAUUUUUUACUACUUCUACUUAUUUUAUUUACUACUUCUACUUUUUAAAUAAUUUUAUCGUUGCUUAAUUUAUGGACGAUUCCAUAGCAUUCAAAAUAUUUUUUUUAAUAUGUAAAUUGUAAUUAAUAUGUUGAAUGCUAUUGUUGUAAUAUAUAUAUGUUGAAUGCUAUCGUAGUAAAUAUGUUGAAUGCUUUUGUUAUUUUAAUCGUUGUAGUAAAUAUGUUAAGUGUUUUGGAAUAUUUAAAUUAAUAUCAGUGAAUUAUUUAGAAGAGUAUUAUACGUCGUGCUUUUUAUUUUAUUUAUCUAUUCUAAACUUCUUUUUUUAGCGAUAUUUAUCGGUUCUAACUUUUUUUUUUUUUAACGAUAUUUAUCUAUUCUAAACGACUUGUUUUUAAUGAUAUUUAAAAGAUUCUGUUCUUUUUUUUUUUUUUUUUUGCUGUGAUUUCCAAAAAAAAACAUUCUUGGUUUUAUAUUUCAAUUUUUUUUUGUUAAUAAUAUUUUGUUUGAAAUCCUGGAUUAAUUUUUUUAUUUUCAGAAUAUUAUAUAGAAUGUUUAACUGUAUUCUUUAUUAACAAAAAGUUUUUUGUAUAAAAGAUAUGCAUUUUAAUAAUUAUUUUUUUUA